GGAGUAAACUCCAUUACCCACAAACCCUCACGCUUUUGUAGACGGAAACGACUUCAAUCAAGAUGGUGCUUGAAAGUACUAUGGUUUGUGUGGACAACAGUGAGUACAUGCGAAAUGGAGACUUUCUACCCACGAGGCUUCAGGCUCAGCAAGAUGCAGUUAAUAUUGUUUGCCACUCCAAGACUCGCAGUAACCCUGAAAACAAUGUGGGCCUCAUCACACUAGCAAACAACUGUGAGGUGUUAACCACACUGACUCCAGAUACAGGAAGGAUACUGUCCAAGCUGCACGCUGUACAGCCUCGAGGAAACAUUAGUUUCUGCACUGGUAUCAGAGUGGCACAUCUAGCAUUGAAACACAGACAAGGCAAAAAUCACAAGAUGCGAAUUAUUGCAUUUGUUGGCAGCCCUGUAGAAGACACUGACAAAGAACUUGUCAAAAUGGCAAAGCGCCUGAAAAAAGAAAAGGUCAAUGUGGACAUUAUUAACUUUGGAGAAGAGGAGAUGAACACAGAGAAACUCACAGGCUUCAUCAACACGCUCAAUGGCAAGGAGGGGACUGGCUCCCACCUGGUGACAGUUCCUCCAGGACCUAGCUUAGCUGAUGCUCUGCUGUCCUCCCCCAUCCUGGCAGGAGAAGGGGGAGCUGUGCUGGGUCUUGGUGCCAGUGACUUUGAAUUUGGAAUAGAUCCCAAUGCAGACCCUGAACUGGCCUUGGCUUUGCGUGUGUCCAUGGAGGAGCAGAGGCAGCGACAGGAGGAUGAAGCUCGCAGAGCUGCUGUAGCCUCAGUUGCUGAGGCGAAUGUUUCCUCUCCUGCUGCAGAUGACUCCGAGGAUGCCCUGCUGAAGAUGUCCGUUCAGCAGACGGAUUCGACCACACCUGCUCUACCAGACUUUAACCGCAUGACAGAGGACGAGCAGAUCGCUUACGCUCUGCAAAUGUCCAUGCAGGGAGCAGGAGCAGAGUUUGGUGCUGAGGAAAUGGACACGGGUGCUGAUGUGGAUUCCAGUGGAGCAAAGGAUGAAGAGGACUACGAUGUCAUGCAGGAUCCAGAGUUUAUCCGAAGCGUUUUAGAGAACCUCCCUGGGGUUGACCCCAACAACGAGGCAAUACGGAAUGCCAUGGGCUCACUGGCUUCUCAAGCCGGAUCUAAACCAGAUACCAAAAAGGAUGAAGAGGAGAAAAAAAAGUGAAGGGCUGUUGGAAAAAAUAUAUAUAUAUAUGUAUGGUGAAUAAAAGAGAACUGAAUGCAUGUGUUUAUUCAGAGUUUGGCUCCCUUCGGUCCAGCUGGGUCAUCUUUUUUUAUGUAUUUGUGUAAACCGUGGACAGCCUUUAACCUUUUCUCUACCUUAGGACGUAGUCUAGUCAUUUUUCUUUUAUUUUUGGUCAUGUUUGUAAGAAAAAUCAUCUGGAGGAUAACACUUAUUAAAAUCUAUUGAACAAAAAAUA